CAUAUAGCGGCGUUGGAGCGAAGCCGCCAGCCGCCAACCGCCAGUCGCGAGGAGAUAAAAGCCCCAAGAGAUCGCCGAAGUAGAUCAGUUUAGUUCAGAAUUCGCAAUCGACUAAAAGAAAGUCCAAUCUAACCAAUAUCCAAAAAUCCCGAUUUUUUAAGGGAAUAUCAGAUUAUAAGGUUUAUCUUAACUGUAAAUGAUAGAAUCAGAUCAUACUAAUGCUCGUCUGGAACGAUAAACAGGAUACAAACUUUACAUUUAUUUGAGGAAUUUCUCAAACUCAGCAAGGAUUACGAAACAGCCCGACUAAGUCCUGGAAACAAAAGUCCUUUUUUUUUGUAAAUUUUUUUUCGUUCGGUUUUUAAUUGAAUUCCUGCCUGGUGAUAAUGCCCAGCAGUGUGGCCAACGAGAGCCAGUUCAAGCGAUUCCAGAGCAACCCCAGCCGGGUUAGCUGCCCGAGCCGGAGUCCCAGCGAUUCCCCGGACUCUCCGUCCGCCCAUACGCCCAAUUGUGAUGCCGUCGAGGAGGCACUGGCCGAGCUGCAGCUCCAGUCGCAGGACCUUCGCUCCAAGGAGCUACUACCCAAUGGCAAUGGCCUGGUUAGCGGUAAAGGACGACGUUCUGGAUGGCACGUCAAGUCCUCCAAACUGGCCCUCAACACUCACAAUCGCAUCCGGAACAUUGUCGAGGCUCUGAAGAUCAAGCCCAACCCGGAAAAGCCCAUGAUUCCUUUGUCCAUUGGUGAUCCCACUACCUUUGGCAAUCUAAAGGCCGCCGAUGAGACCAUGAAGGCGGUCCUCCACUCCCUGGAGUGUGGCAAGUUCAAUGGCUAUGCCCAUACCCAGGGGCAUGAGGCGGCCCGCCAGGCGGUGGCCAAGUACAGUGCCCACCAGCGUCCGGAUGGCGAGAUCCAGAGCGACGAGGUGGUCCUCUGCAGUGGCUGCUCCUCGGCUCUGGAGUACUGCAUCCUGGCCCUGGCAGAUCGUGGCCAGAAUGUGCUUAUUCCACGACCGGGAUUCUGUUUGUAUCACACAUUGGCCGAGGGAUUGGAUAUUGAGGUGCGCUACUAUGACCUCCUUCCGGACCAGCAGUGGCGCGCCGAUCUCGUCCAGCUGGAGAGCCUCAUCGAUGAGAACACGGCCGCCCUGCUGAUCAACAAUCCGAGCAAUCCCUGCGGCAGUGUCUUCGAUGAGAAGCACCUCCGGCAGCUCAUCGCCAUCUGCGAGCGCCACUAUCUGCCCAUCAUAGCCGACGAGAUCUAUGAGCACUUUGUGUUCCCUGGCUCCAAGCACUUGGCUGUCAGCAGCCUGACCACCGAGGUUCCUGUCCUGUCCUGCGGAGGACUCACGAAGCGCUUCCUGGUGCCCGGCUGGCGAAUGGGUUGGAUCAUAAUCCACGAUCGCAAGCAGCGGCUGGGAGAAGCAGUUCGUGGUCUGAAGAACAUGUGUGGCCGGAUCCUAGGAUCCAAUACCAUCAUCCAGGGUGCCCUGCCCGAGAUCCUGACCAAGACCCCACAGUCCUACUUCGAUGGAGUGAUUGAUGUGCUGCAUUCCAAUGCCUCGCUGGCCUACAAAAUGCUGAAACAGGUCCAAGGCCUGAACCCCGUAAUGCCCAAUGGAGCCAUGUACAUGAUGAUCGGAGUGAGCAUCGAGCGAUUCCCGGAGUUCAAGGACGACACCCACUUUGUCCAGGAGCUGGUGAAUGAGCAGAGUGUCUUCUGUCUUCCAGGUAGUUGUUUCGAGUAUCCUGGCUAUGUAAGGAUCGUCCUGACAGUGCCAGGACUAAUGAUCGAGGAGGCGUGUGCCCGGAUGGCCGAGUUCUGUGAGCGCCAUUACAAGAAGGACUCUCGGGACAUAAUCGAAGACGGACUCCUGGACGAGAAUCUGGGCUUCUGAGCUUGGGAGCAGAACAUUUAUUAGACCAUCUAGACUACAAUUUGUAUCGAGUUUAUGUAUAUAAUACAUUAUAUAAUAUAUAUAUAUUAACUAUCCAA